AGGGGAACAAUUUCCAUGAGACCAUCCAAAAGUAGUUGGUCCUAAAAUCGAUCUUUCAUUAUUCUCAAAUUCCAUAAAUUCCUUUUUUUCUCAAAUUCUCUUUCAGAUCAACCAAACCUUCGAUCUUCAUGUCAGGGAAGUAUUGCUGCAUGGUGAUGAGGCUCAAUAUUGAUUGCAAUGGAUGCUGCAGGAAAGUGAGAAGAAUCCUUCUAAAUAUGAAAGAAAUAGAAACACAUGGGAUUGAUAAGCAGCACUACAGGGUAAGCGUAUGUGGGAGAUUUAGACCGUCGGAUGUGGCGAUCAAGAUGAGAAAAAAGAUGAAUCGUAGGGUUGAAAUUCUGGAAAUCCUUGAGUUCGAUUCCACUAAUGAACAAAUAGAGGAUAGGCUAGUGUUAGGGGCUUGAUGAUGUAGAAAUUUCCCAAAUUAUGUAUGUUUGAAUAAUAUUGUGGGAGGAGAAAUUAUCAAUUCAAUUGCCAUUUCUAGGACAAUACAACUAUUUGUAAAUUAAGUUUUAUUUUUUAAACUAUUUGUAAAUUAAGUUUUAUUUUUUA